UAUGUGUUCAACUUCACAUUAUCUUUUAACAGUGUAUCCUGCGUUGGUUGGUGUGAGUGUACCGGGGCUCAAAUCGACAUUUCCACUUUCGCAACAGCGAUCUUAUUCAAUUCCUGUCCACUUAAGAAAUUUCACGGAUUUGGAACGUGUCCCAACGACCCAGAAAGAGCAGCAAUAGCUCUGGACACCGGUAUCAACCUGAGAAAUUGCGAGCAUUUGAGGAUAAAUCCCCUCAUCUACUUCAAGAACGAGACGAACGGUACUCACUACGCUCUCCGCGCUUGGGACUCUGGCCAUCCUGAUAGCUCCGUGUUGCUGAGCGAGUUCUGCGCACCACAGUGCAACCCACUGUGUGGUUUAACCUUACCGCCAACGCCUACGCCAGCUCCUCCAAUGACGACUCCGAUGACGACUGGUCGGUUGAUUGAUAUUCCAAUAGAGAGUCCGCAGCCAACGGAAAAGUCGGGUUCGGGUUUGACUUCCUCUGAAAUUCGAACACUGGGUAUUGCCGUGGGCGUCGCCUCCGUUAUCCUUCUCAUCUGCAUCAUUGCAUUGUUUGUGUAUUGUUUAAGGAGAAACAAGAACAAGAAUCGUGGUCCAAAACUUCCUCCCAGACGCAACCUGCCAUCCCUCCAUAACCAAGAGUAUGCAACGGUAGAAGAAAUACAAAUGACUUCAAGUCCUGGCAGAGGUGGAGCGUAUCCAAACGGGUUAUAUCGAAGCGAGAGCCUGUCUGCAAUCAACUCACUUAAUUCUGGCACUAUCCAUCGGUCAGUAUCCGACAUUGCACUUCUUGGUGACCCACCUAAUCCACCAGUACGUCAGAUGAGCCUUCUACCGGGGGUCAAUCCAGCAUUAGCUGAUAUGACCGAUGGCCGUUCUGCUCCCCAGGAUGCUUACGGAUACACCAGGUACCUACCCGAGACUGAACCACAAGGGUUACCUUACAUGCAUCUCAAGGUAGCACCAUCCAUCUCAGAUCCUGAAAAUCAGCACAGAACUCCUCAAAAACCUCACCGGUAUAGAAGCAACACGGGCGAUACUCAUGCCAACAGUACCGAUGUGGAACGGGCUCUCGAUAGAAUCAAGGCUCGUCAGGCCUUGAAAGAUGGCAACAACAGGCGGUUUGUCCCGAACCAAUCUGGGAGAGGUCGAAGUUCUACGCUUGGUGAAGAUUACAAUCGUUUAACCAGGGGCGGUGGACAUAGGGGUGUGCCUCGCUCGAGGAAGUACGAUUCAGCUGCGUUUACGCCUGUUCCUGUGUACGGACAGUAUCAGUCAAGGCCAAGAAGGUCACCAGAAAGUGUACGCAGGUGGAGGUCCCUGCCGGAUAUGACCGAUGGAGGACAGGCGCCAUCUACCUUGCAAGCUGAUACCGAUAGUGUUGAUGGGAAUGCACCAGUUUAUCAUCUGCUUGAGAGGAGUCCAGCCAGCUCGAUUGGAGGUUAUAGUAAAAGAGAAACCUACCAGCUACCCAAUGAGGACAAUGAGAGGGUUCUUCCUCGAUCAAAGACACGGGACAGCCGAGGGAGUGGACGUGCAGCAUCCGAGUCUGGUUCACAUCGAUCACCAUCACAGGGCCAGGGUAACACAAUGGAUGAACGUUACGAUCCUGUUUAUGAAUCUCGACUGAGUGGUCCGAAAGUACCCCAGUCACCGUCGGAGUACCAACCACUUACAUCCCUCCACCCAGAGUACCUAGAUUUCGAUGACCAUCCAGCUGCAGAUGAGGCGUUAGAUAGCGAUUCGUAUCUCAGGCCAAAAGAUUCAAAACGGUCAUCGAAGGAGAAUGGAAAACUAAGCGGUGGCAGGAGUGGGAUGCACUCACCGGACGCACCAAGUAACGGCCACGUGCAGCAUAACAGCCAAGAUAAGGCAUACAUCUACGGAAGUGACAAUAACAAUCUCUCGGAGAAGAAACAACCAUCAAGAACUGUCGGAGGAAACCAAUACGCUGCUCUAAAACUAAGACGGAACGAUGACAGUUACGACAAUUUGAACGAUGAAGAUGAUGAAAUGGAGAAUGGAGAAUACAUGUAUCAUCCGGCUGGUCCCGAUAUCAUGGCUUAAAAUUACCCGGAUCAUUCUCAAUGAUCUACCCUAAAAUAUUUGUAAAUAAUUAUUUAUUAUGUAGAUAUAUUGUUCCUAUGUCACAUACCUUGGACGCCCUUUUUCACAAUGUUGCUUUUGUCGAGACUGUUUUCAAAAUAAGGAUUGUGUUACUGUAGAAAUUUUAAAGAUGAAAAAGGGGUUGAACUUUUGUUAAAAAGGAGAAAAUAGCCUUCUUUAUUUAUUCACAAAAUGUAUACCGAUUUUUUGUUUUCCUCUUCCUCGUACUGUUUACCUUUUUCGAUCUUCAUUCCUCCUCUUCCUUCUCAUUCUUCUCGUCCUCCUGCUUCUUCUUCUUCAUCGUAUAUCUUCUCUGUCUUCUCUAUCUAUCGUUCAGGUACUGUUAUCAUUUCAUUUUGAAAGAAUUUUUUAUGUAAAAUAUUGUGAAUCGAUAUGUGCCUACAAUGCAUGACUGCUUGUGAUAUUUUCAGUGUUAAGAUCGAAUUGUGCAUAAACUCAAAUAAUGCAUCUUUGGUGUUCUUAUAUUACAGCUGUAUAUAGCAAGCACACACUUAAAUAUUCUAAAGGCGAUUAGACGUUAUAUGCUGCGUUAACAGUUGGUAAUUCAUUUAUAAGAAAACUUGUCCGUUGUAUAAUAUAUUAUAUGGUACACACUAAGAAAUAAGGAGUUUGCAUUUUAAAGACAACUUUGCACCUUUUAUGAUGCAAAAUAUUAAGCAUUCAAAGAGGUGAAAUAUUGUAUCUUCGUUGAAGGGUGCAACUCUCCACCCUUUAACAUGGUACGUAAGAAAAGAAAAAAAACAUUGCCCCUUUUUUAAGAUACGAAAGGGCUGCCAACCCUAAGGGCUGAUAAUUAUUGUAUCCCUUUUCAGUGUGUAUGUGUGCUGUCAAUUCUAACUACCAUGGUAAAAUCUUAGCAGUCAAUAAAAACCAAGUUUCCAUGACAAUAAUGCUACAGUCACAUUUCCCCUACGGCGGCCGUACGGCAAGUCGAAAACGACAGUUUUAUUCAAACCAGUGUAGCUGGUACAAAAAAUGUUGAAAAUGGUUGCUUUCGACUCGCCGUACGGUUGCCGUAGAUUUAAGCAACAAGGCCCGGAUGUGGCGAGGUUCUGAUGAAAGAAGGAAAGAUGGUAAUGACUGAAUCUGGGGGUGUUUCACACAGAUUUUAGUGUGAUUAACAAUUCUCAUUGCAUUCGAUUAAAAAUGUACCAUCGCAUUGUUCGAAUUAAUAUGCUAAGGGUACGCGCACUAAAUUAUACUGCGUUUUAAUCAAUGGGGUUGCGCGUUAAAUAUCAUGCGGGUGCUAGCAUUUAAGCACGAUUUAAGUCAUACUUAAAGGCUAGGGGUACUCCAGGCUGAUAAUAAUAACAGAUAAAGGAAAAUCAGACAAACAAAGCACUGAAAAUAUGAUCAAUUUUGGACCAAAAAACAAAGUUAUGGUAUUUUAAAGAUUUGUAUUAUUUCGAUCAAACAGUUCUGUAAAUGUCUUCAUGAAUAUUCACACUUGCAUAAAAAAUGAAAUAAUUUUAAUUUAAUGUAAUAACAUAAGAAAAAGGAUAGUGGGUAUGUGACAUAAUCAGCCCACCUAAUGAAUAUUCAUGACGACCUGCAUAUAACUGUUUUCAGAAAAUAUGGCUUAACUUCAAAAUUCAAUAACUUUAUUUGUUGUCAGAUUUUGUUGAAAUUUUCAGAAAUCUGCUCAGUGAUUUCUACUCUGUUUAUUUAGAUAUAAAUAUUUCCAGCCCGGAGUACCCCUUUAACUCGUUGUGAAAGACUCCCCCCCCCCCCAUAUUUGGAUUUAUUGGAAAUAUUCAAAUUGAUUUAAGUGAUUAUACAAACGUUACGACAGCCCUUUUUUUUAUUCGAUAUUCUCAAUAGGCCUUCAGGUCCAUUGGACUUUCUAUAAGCUGCACAAAAUUAUUUAUUCUUAUAACUAACUAAUGCAACUGAAUUCGGAAAAUGUGUGUGUUGUAUUCAUUGAAUUAGACUUAGGUACUGGACACAAUUCGGUAUAUAAAUAGCGAUUUAGGAUCUUACUUGGACAUCGAAAAUUUACUUGUUGCAGUCAGUUAAUUAUGUUAAUGAAAUAAUAUCAUCUACUAUUAUAUUGAGAAGAAUUUUGGAGUUAAGGGGGUUAAUUACGUUUAAAUGACUUGGCUGAAUAAAAUCUCUCGCUAUUGCUUUUUUUAAGUUUUCAUUUAAAUCAUCAGUGAAGUUUUAUUUCUGGAGGAAAAGUACCAAAAGGUUUUUUAUUGUCCGAGAUGUCCAUUUCUAGCAAUAGCAAUUUACAAACUGUUUAAAAGGUGAUAUUGAAUAUUGUAAUUGAAUGUUAUAUCCAUGGACCAUUUUAUUCAAUUUUCAUUAUAUCGUUAAGUUAAUAAUCGAAAGUCGCCCGAACAUUAUUCAAAAUAAAGACUGUUUAGGGCGAAAAAAUAUUAGUCUGUGAACAAAAUAUGUUUCUUUCACAACUCACAAGCUUGCUAAAAUCUUAUUUCUCUCUCCGAAUGAGGAUGAAAUAGUUCUUACAUAUUACUUCGAUAGAACCUUUCUUUACGUGACAGUUGGUGUUUUAGCAAUAUAUGGAUCAUAACUCAUUACAUUUUUCAUGGUAUAUCUUUACCCACGAAUUAAACCACAAUUGCACUUUUUAAAUUUUGAAGUUGUGAUUGGUUAUACUCAUUCGUAAUUAACGUUUAAUCAAAUGUAACACUAAAUUAUUAUGAAUGAUUAUGAAAUAUCAAUUGCCCUAUUCUGCUGUAAAAUUAAAGGGGAAGUUCACCCUGGCGAUAAAGUGACUUUAAGAAAAACAGAAAAGAAUAACGGAUUCAUCAAAUUUUAAAGUCUGCUUUUGUGAUGUCACAGACGAGCAACUCCUUUAUAAAAUUCCCCAAAAUGACAUUCUAUCACAAAUUGAAAGUGAUUUUAAAUUUGCGCGGGUGGAAAAAGAUUUGAGAAAACCAUUCCAUAACCUCUUGUUCUUUAAUCAUGUUAAUGGAUUUUCAUCACAUCAUCUCCUGUUCUCCAAUAUUUUUCGUCAGGGUGAAUUUCACUUUUGUGUGUACAUUAUUAUUUUUUGCACUACAAAGCCAAAGUCGAAUUUCUUUAUAAUCUACGUGAAAUUCAUUAAAUAAAAAUGUUUCAAGUCUGUUA